AUGGUCAACAUCGUCGAACUGCUCGGCAAGGCCGACAACCUCAGCGACCCCGAGCCGGCUCUGAACAGUCGAUCGGCGGUCCUGGGCAUGGUCAUAUCCUUUCUGCUCACGAGCUUGCUUUUGUCUGCCGCGACCUGCUCAGCUGACCCCAUCCCCCCAGCCACGAACUACGGACUGGGAAAACACUUCAUCUCGCUCGGCAUCAUGGGCAUCCAGGACUUCAUCCGGGCCUUUUACAUCUGCAACGGCGCGUACCCGAUGGCCACCGCCCUCAUCAAGCUGGCCCUGCUGUUCCAGUACCUGCGCAUGUUCGAGCCCGCCACCAAGUCGCGCUACGUCACCCUCUUCUUCAUCGUCUUCACCGCCGCCUGGGGCGUCGCCUACUCCUUUCUCGCCUGGGUGCCCUGCAUCCCCGUCUCGGCCUUCUGGGACUUCUUCUCCGUCACCGAAGCCCGCUGGGCCUUUGGCUCCCGCGACCCGGAAGUCUUUGCCCGCAGCUUCGAGAGCCACGUCGGCAUCAACGUGGCGCUGGACCUGAUCGUUUUCGCCAUCCCGAUACCCCUGUUCCUGCGGGCCGGGCUUCUGACCAAGACUAGAUGGAGCUUGUUCGGCCUGUUUAUCAUGGGCGUGCUUGUCAACAUUCUUGGAAUCUUCCGUCUCAUCGGCAUCUUCCACUCACGGGCCGGCACGUACCCGACCCUCGACCCCAGCUGGUACGGCUGCGUGCCCAUCGUGCUCGCCGCCGUCGAGGUCAACCUCGCCACCAUCUGCGCCUCGCUGCCCGUCUUCUGGCCGACGCUGCAGAAGAACCUCGGCCAGAUCUUCAUCACCAAGGAGGUCGAGAUCACCUCCGAGAUCCGCCGGUUCAGCACCCUCGAGGACGGGGACCCCGCCGCCGCCGAGCUCGGCGACUUCUCGCCGCGCAGGCCGUCCAAGGCCCUCGGCUCCAACCCCAACGCGAGGUGGUACACCGACACCCUCAGCCUGGCGAGGUCGACCAAGACCGAGGUGGAGUCGAGGGGGCUUGCGACCAAGGCGAGCGAGAAAUCUCUCUUCUCCGAAGGGCUGAAGAGGAUACAGGAAGACCGAGAGUCCAAGGACCAUCUGGUGUCUUCACCAUCCCGUAGUCGUUUACGGACAGAGUGA